AUGACACAUUCUUUCUCCUCGGUACCUCAGGUUGAUUAUGCUCGGCUACAGGACAAGACCACCCGACAAGAAGAGCUGGAUAAACUUCGAAACGCGAUAUUUGUCGUCGGAUUUUUGUAUUUGACCAAUACCGGACUAGAGGGUUUGAUCCGCCACACUCAUGACGAAUUGCCACAGCUAUUCGAUCUUCCGGCAGAGGUGAAAGAGAAUUGCAACAUGAUACACUCCGCCUCAUUCCUUGGCUACACCCGUCUUGGCGCGGAAACCACGGCAUUAAACACAGAUCUUCGCGAGCAAUUCGACUUUGGUACUCCAGGUAUGACAACGUGGACGGAGCAACACCCGUUCUGGCAGAGGCUAGAGGGCUCCAACCAGUAUCCAAACAAAUCGGGAGCCCAGGAGUUAGUGGAGAAUUACAUCUCCCAGAUUGAUAGACUGGCCCAGGAAUUUGUCCAUCUGGUGGCAGAAUGUCUCUCUCUUCCCGUGGAUACAUUUGAUAGCUUCAAGGGCAAAAUGAGCCGUUUGAAGUUUGUCAAAUAUCCUCCAUCAGCGCCAGACUCCCAGGGAGUCGGCCCACACAAAGAUUCUGCCGGGCUAUUCACUUUUCUCUCGCAGGACAAUACCGGUGGGCUUCAGGUCUUGAAUAAAAACGGGGAAUGGAUCGACGUGCCACCCAUCGAAGGAAGUCUGGUAGUGAAUAUUCAGCAGGGAUUUGAAGCCAUCACUGGAGGUGUUUGCGCAGCCACCACCCAUCGAGUUAUCGCGCCGACCUCGCAAACUCGAUAUAGCAUUCCAUUCUUCUUGGGUGUUCGGCUUGAUCUGACACUAUCUCAGCUGGAGGAGUCGGCAGCGCAUAUUGUCCAGCGCAUCCCGACAUCUGACGAUCGGAAAAAGCGAGCUGUUGAUGUUCCGAGCGAGUUUCUUUCCCCUCUAUAUUCGUGUUUUGGUGAAGCCCAUUUACGGAAUCGCAUUUUGAGUCAUCCAGACGUUGGGCGUCGCUGGUAUCCCGAGCUUUUUGAACGGUAUUCGAAACAGACAUUGAAAUAA